GUCCUCAUGCUGAAGCUCUGAUUGGCUGAGCGGAAUGUGAAAUGCGCUGUAGAACAACUAUUUACCUCCCCGACUCCAGCAGGUUUGUCACUGACACGACGGGGCUCACAGAUCUUCAACACUAUGGCAACCAACAACAAUCAACAAACGCCCAACAUCCCAAAAGCCACUUUAACCAAGGUGGAGUCGUACCUGCAACCGUUCAUAUUGUCUCAGGAGAAGUUGCAGGAGAUUUCCAAGCGGCUUGAGAAGGAUCUGGUUCGGGGGUUAGGACGACACACCCAUCGCAGGGCUCCUGUGAAGAUGCUGCCCACGUUUGUGAGAGCCACUCCGGACGGGACAGAGAAGGGGGACUUCCUGGCCCUGGAUCUGGGCGGGACCAACUUCCGGGUUCUUUACAUUCGAGUCAUGGAUGAGCAGAACAAGGUUGUCACAAUGGACAGCGAGACAUGCGCCAUUCCAGCAGCCAUCAUGGUUGGAUCAGGAGAGCAGCUCUUCGACCACAUCGCUGCAUGUCUCGGGAAAUUCCUUGAAUCCGAAAAUCUGAAGGGUCAAGUUCUUCCACUGGGGUUCACCUUCAGUUUUCCCUGCGAACAGAAGGAGAUUGGAAAGAGUGUUCUGAUCCGGUGGACCAAAGGGUUCAAAUGUGAUGGAGUAGAGGGACACGACGUGGUCCAGCUUCUGAGAGAUGCCAUCCACAGGCAAGGGGGCUUUGAUAUUGGACCGGUCGCUAUGGUGAAUGACACUGUCGGAACCAUGAUGAGUUGCGGCUACAGAGACCAGAGCUGUGAGAUCGGCAUGAUCAUAGGCACAGGGACGAACGCCUGCUACAUGGAGGAGAUGAGAAAUGUGAAGCGGGUGGAAGGAGAAGACGGACGGAUCUGCAUCAACACAGAGUGGGGAGGCUUUGGAGACGACGGCUCGCUGAAGGAUGUUCAGACUGAGUUUGACGUCGAAGUGGACAGAAUGUCCAUCAAUCCCGGGGUUCACAUCUUUGAGAAGAUGAUUGGAGGCAUGUACCUCGGAGAGAUCGUCAGACUGCUGCUGCUGAAGAUGGCAGAAGACGACGUGCUGUUUGGAGGAGACCAGUGCAAGAUGUUGCGAAAACCCGGGGCGUUUGAGACACGUUUCAUUUCCGAAAUUGAACAGCCUGAUGUCGGCCAUGAGAACGGUCGCAGGAUUCUGACCGAUCUGGGUUUGACAUGGAACAUGACCGAUGUCCAUGUGGUUCGUCUGGUGUGUGACACCAUCUCCUCUCGCUCAGCACGACUCUGUGCUGCCGCACUGGCAACUAUCGCCACUCGCAUGCGGGUCAACCGCGACCUGGAACACCUCAAAACAACCGUGGGAGUCGACGGCAGCGUCUACAGGAAACAUCCCAAUUUCAGCGAGGACCUCCAGGCAACUGUCCGUCUUUUGGCACCAGAGUGCGACAUCACAUUUCGCAUCUCUGAAGAUGGAAGUGGGAAAGGCGCUGCCAUGGUAACAGCUGUUAUGCAGAGACUGGCCCUUCAGACUCGACUGCUGGAGGAGAGUGAAGGCGAGGAUGAAGACUAGUUGACUCAAAUAUU